AUGCUUCCGACCUUUCCCAAAUCCCCGGCGCUGGUGACCAUCAACUCUGCCGAGAGCCAAGAAAGCCCAGAAAACCCAGAAGCAACUCGACCCACCUUCGACCGCUCAGACUCAAAGAAGAACUCGACAGACAUCGAGCUCCUUAAAGGCCUGUGCCAAAAUCUGUGGACGCUCAUCAACGAGCGGGACUGGAAUUCCCUCAGAACCACCCCAUCGUCAGAGUCGUCGCCAUCCUCGUCACCUCCCGAUCUAUCCAGACAAGUGUCAAACGACAGCGUCGCCCCAUCAGAGCGCACAGAGACCAUUUCCAUCCGCGACUCAGACUCUCUCGCCACCUGGAUCGCCCCCAGAUUCACCGUCGAGCUCAACAACCGCGAGAUCGCCUCCUCGUUCAAGGACUACAUGCGUCUCCAACGCUGGGUAGCCGAACAACACCCGCAAUACCACGUCACCGUUCAGGAGGUUUCGACCGAACUUGAUAUGAGGCAUGGUUGGGCGAAUGUUCUGGUCUUUACGUCUGUUACUGGAUAUCCUCUCGGUGUCGAUCGGCAGGCUGUCACCAUGUUCAAGUGGAAGAGGAGCGAGCGGCAGUGGUGGUGUACUAAGAUGAGCACGCUGAGGGGUGGGGUAGAGAGCUGGACAGUCCAGCCCAGCGUCUACCUGUCCAUCUUCACAGGCAUUGGCAACAAAGCGCUGGCAUUUGCCGCGGCGGAAGGUGCGAUCAUCACAUGGUGGGUCAGAGCCAUCCAAGGCACCACUCUGCGUAAGCUCCAUUACGACUGGGAGGCUAGCACUAACAUAGUGAGCGGCCUGUUUUCAAAGCAUUUCAGCAUCCUCACAGCCACCUCUAUGUGCGCCAUGGUCAUCCUCGUGGACGGCAUCUUGCUCCAAAGUGCCACAACCACGGUUCAGCGGUCCCUUGAGAUGCCGCUAAAGUUGCACGCUAUGCUUGCUCCUCAAGUACCGACGAAUUUCACUGGUCUUGCCGCAAAGCUGGAUGUCCAGAAUGAUUUUCUCUCAACCGCCAUCAAUGCAAAUUUCGCACCCGUCUGGGAGGACUGGGUGGCGCAAGCUCCGAUCCCUUCUCCGUUCAAAGGCUGCCCUGGUACUUGUGUCGCUACCGUGCGAGCACCUGCUUUUUCUUUUAAAGGUUGCGAUGUCACAUCCACUGGAUUCGUGGAUUUUGCGGCAAUAGCUGCGGCAAAUGGUGAUGAGGAUGCCUAUCCUGCCGUAUGUGAGCUGCUCACCGAUAGCACUGGCCAUUGGUGUCCGAUCCUCUCGCUAUCGACUACUGUGUCCGCUGCCGCCGGCGAGAGAGAGAGCAUCUUCGUCGACAUCGGCAUAAUAAGUCCAGAGGUGCGAAAUACCGGAGCAGGCAAUUUCACCCAAAGGAGGUGCACCUUGGAGCCAGCGAUCGGAGAGUACCAAGUCACCCUCCACGGUAACAGCACCGUGGAAACGAACGCUUUAAACCCAACCAUCCUGUCGCUGGCCAACAACACAGCCCGUGCAGAAAGCGGCCCCCUCGAAUACAUCAACUCCACGCUCGGCGGCAUCGCGACUCUGGCAGAUAUGCGAUACCACAGCGACGUCCUGAUCAAGAUCUGGAGCAACGCCACCUGGCUCAAUAGCCCAGGCCCCUUUGAGCAGAGCCUGAUAGAGAAUCCGGAAUUCUUUUACUCUAAUAUAGGCGAUGAAAAUCCUCGUAUCAUCAACGCGCCUGUGCUCCGCGAUCCGUGGGAUGAGGUCUUGGCGGGGCUUAAUGAGCUUAUGUUUCGCGCAGGUGUGCUUGCGGCGAGGGAUGUCGAUGAAAAGAUUUUGGCGGAGCUCAUUGAUCCAGGUCUUGCUUCGAGAUAUGAGCUCGACGGUACACGGGUAGAUGCUCAGCCAGUCUUCCACACACGCUGGGGCUACUUCUGGGGCGCUUCAGCCAUGCAAGUCGUAUGUGUCGCUUUGGUGACGAUCACGUACUGGAAGUACUGGACCCUUGGGCGAAACACAAGUCUCAGCCCGCUGGAACUCGCGAAGGCCUUUCAUGCUCCCCUACUGAAGGAAGCUGCUCCGAAUUCAUCGGCGAGAUGUCUGGCUGAGGAGAUGGGCGAUCGUAAGGUCAGGUAUGGACUUGUGCCUGUCGUUGGGCCAGGUGGUGAGGAUGAGAUGUCGGAUGGAAGACUUGUGUUUGAUGAUGCGGGUCGAGUGCGGCCGCUGAGGGAUGGAUGUUCGACGUUGUGA